AUGCGGGCAGAACGAGCGGCGGCGGAUUUCUCUAAUUCCAAUUCUCCUGUUGGUCUCAGGAAUGGGCUGCCGUUGCAGCAGGAACAAUAUCCGCCCUGGCUGAUUGCGGCCAGUUGGGCCGCUGUCAUCUGGUACCUGAUUGUGACCUUUGUGAUCCUAGUGGGAUGGACUCGACUACAAAUAAAUUACUCCACCGCCCCGAAGAAAUCAUUCUCCGCCUCACUUCAACCUUUCCAAGUUCGCCAUGUCACCAUCAUUCGGCCCGUCAAAGAUCUCGAGCCCCAUCUCUACGAGUGCCUGGCUGCCAGCUUCCGUCAGAACUAUCCUAAGGAUAAGCUUACGAUAUAUCUCUGCAUUGCAACAAAAACCGACCCGGCGUAUGCCGUGUUGAAGAAACUAUUAGAGGAUUUCCCGGACGCAGACGCUCGGAUAUUUGUUGAGGAGGAAAGCGGGGAGAGUGACAACCUUGGGCCCAACCCGAAAAUUAGGAACAUGAGUCGUGCGUAUAACGAAGCCAAGGGUGAUAUCGUGUGGAUUGCAGAUUGCAACGUGUGGAUGGGGAGAGGUGUUUGUGGCAGAAUGGUGGAUAAACUGUGCGGAAUAGUCGCGGACGAUGGCACCGUCGACAAGCAGUACAGGUUCGUCCACCAGAUGCCUAUCGCGGUCGAUUUGGGAAAUGAAAAACCGCGAAUGGGGCAUGCGGACGAGAGACCGGACGAGAGACAGGACUUUCCAUAUCAAAACUACUACAACUUCAUUAACCCCCUGAUAGCAUCUACAGGGGCAAAAAAUAGAGGGCAGUCGCCGUCUAUCCUAGACAUAGCAGGAGGUCGUCUAGAGGAACUCUUCCUCUCAUCUUCCCACCCAAAAUUCUACUCUGCAAUCAACACCAUCGUCAUCGCCCCGUGUGCCGUUGGCAAAUCAACUAUGUUCCGCCGCUCACAUCUGGACUACCUUACUUCACCUGCCGUCUCAAAACCCCAAGCGCAACCCCGAAGGCCCGGAAUUGACUACUUCUCAGAUAACAUCUGCGAAGACCAUCUCAUCGGGGACUGCCUCUUCAAAGGGAAUCCCCCGGUCAGAGUAGGGGAGCGAUGGGGUAGACACAAGCUGGUAUACGGUGAUGUUGCCAUCCAACCAGUAGCUCGUAUGAGCGUCAAAUCCUACCUCCGCCGGCGCAUCCGCUGGCUCCGUGUGCGCAAGUACACCGUGUUGCUUGCCACACUUGCAGAGCCGGGUACGGAAUCAUUCCUCUGCUCAACCUACCUCGCCUUCGCACUUAGCAACCUCCUUCCUCAUUAUUUCCCCCAAUACACCACUUAUCUAAACUCCUGGAUUGCGUUCUUUUCAUUCUGGUCCUUCAGCAUCGCCUUAUGGGUCGUCAUUGACUGGCUUCUCUAUGUAACACUGCAUUCUGCCGCUGCUCUCGAAAUAGACGAACACACGCCUUCCUUCGCGCUUCCUCAUCCAAGAUUCUCCCGUGGCAAGGGUUUUGGCCCCCGACGGCCGUUCCAUGAGUGGUUCCUUGCGUGGGUGGGUAGGGAGGCAUUGGCGUUGCCGAUCUGGCUUUGUGCUUUCUAUGGUGGGUCAACGGUUGUUUGGAGAGAUCACACAUUCCGCGUAGGGAUGGAUUUGAUUGCGACGAAGAUUCCGGGGGAAAUAUCACACAACGGAAACGAAACGGUGCAACUUCGAAGUCCUAGUCAGAUCAGAGACGGAGAAAGGACCGGCUAUGACGCUCUAAACGAUUAUGGGAAGGCGGGGAAGGAUGUACGCCAGCGAAGUCCUAAAACUCGUGGGGUGGAACUUAGGAAUUGA